CCAGGGACCUAACGAAUCGAUACGAAGGAAAAAACGAAGACCUCCAUGUUUCUUUGCCCCAGAAUUCGCUGAGGGCGAGCGCUCGAGAGAUCUUCGAGGUCCGAUCAAAGAAUUUCUAGGGUUUCUUCUGUGGUCUUAAGGUUUCCAUCUCUUGGAAAUCGAACCCCGGAUUUGGAUCUGGAGGUAUUUCUCCCCGCGCUUUCCUUCCUUUUGUCAGAUUUCUAUUUUAUUUCUUAGCUUUGGAUCUACGAGUUCGACUGGGGUAGGUUUCCGACCAGGAGAGUCUAGUUUCCCUCGACAUUACGAUUUCUAGGGUUAGGGUUUCUUUGUUUUGUUGACUUUUUUGGAGGCUAGGGUUAGGAUUUCCUGUUAGUUUUGGUGGGUCGCUGUUUCGAGGUCUGCAGUGUUCCAAAGUUGAUUCGGAGCUGUUGAAUGCUUCCAAAUUUGGGGUUUUAUUGAGAAGAUUUUGUGAGGUUGGGAUUGUCUGGCCCUUUGAUUAAAUUUUACGGUAUCCAGGUUGAAGGAUUAGGUUUUUCUUGGGGUUCGGUUCAGCUUCUUUUGUCUAAAACGAAAAAAAAAGUAAAAAAAUCUAGAUAUAUUGCUUAAAAUUCUAUUUGAAGAAGGGAACAAGGUGUUAUUUUUCGCUUUUUAUAGCUCCAAACACAAUAUUUAGGUUGUAAAUUAUUGAAUCUGCAAUAAAAAAAAAAGGGUAUCUUUUAGGGAUUUUGCGCUACAAUUUGCUGUAAGGGAGACUGCUCUAAAAGGUUACCCGGUCCCGGGUUUCUGUCUUUUAUGGCCCUGGAAUGCCAGGAGGUAGGAGAGGCAUCACCAAAGAAUUCUUUCAGUAAUCCGUGGGGCAAAGAGAUCACUGGACCCAGCACCACAGACUAUUUUCCUUCUGCCAGUUCAAAAACCAAUUCCCAUAAGAAAUCCCAGAACAAAUCUGUCAUACCAAAAAUUGUUUCAGCUUUCCCUUCGAAGAAAGCUGAAACAAAGUCUGGAAGCACAGGAAAUGAUAAUGCGGGUCCUAAUGGCGGCAAUCGGUCUUUCACCGAUCUUCCUUCUGCUUUGGUGUCCGAGAUCCUCCGCCGUCUUGAUGCCAAAGAGCUUGGAAUCGUCUCCUGUGUCUCUACCCUUCUCCACAGCUUAGCAUCGGAUCAUCAUGGCUGGAAGGAUUUCUAUUGCAACAGAUGGGGCCCGCCUCUGGGUCUGAAUGCUUCUCCAGUGUCAGGCUCUCCGAACCAGAAGUCUUGGAAAGAACUCUUUGUGGAGAGGGAGUUCAGGAGCAAGGCAUUCAUGGGGCGUUUCAGCAUUGAUGCGCUCCAUGGUCACACAGAGGCUGUUCGUGCCGUAUUUCUUCUGCAGUCGGCAAAGCUCAUAUUCACUGGAGGGUAUGAUUCUGUGAUUCGUAUGUGGGACAUGGAAGAAGGCUUGUCAGUUGCAGUGUCUCGUCCGCUUGGUUGUACCAUCCGAGCUAUUGCAGCUGAUUCUGAGCUUUUGGUAGCUGGCGGAACAGAUGCUUUUCUCCAGUGCUGGAGGGCAAUUGAAGGGAAUCCCCAUGUGUUUGACAUCACAGGUUCUACCAUGAACCAGAAUUAUGACUUCCGUCUUUGGGGGCAUGAAGGUCCUAUUACUUGCCUUGCGUUGGAUUCCUCCAGAAUUUACAGUGGCUCAUGGGACAUGAGCGUUCGUGUAUGGGACCGGGCUCAAUUGAAGUGCUUGAGGACCUUGAGGCAUGGAGACUGGGUGUGGGCUCUUGCUCCUCGUGGCGGCACAAUUGCUAGCACGGCUGGUAAAGAUGUCUAUGUUUGGGACAUUGAGCGUGGAGACCCAAUAAGCGUAAUCAGUAAUGCUCAUGUGGGCAAUGCACAUUCUUUAACCCGCAGCCACUUGGGGGAUCUUUUGUUUACAGGUGGGGAAGAUGGUGUCAUUCACAUGUUUGAGAUUGCUGAAAACUGUGAUGAUGAAGACAUCAGGCCGGCUGCUACUUGGAUUCCCCAUAAUGGUCCGGUACAUUCUCUUGCUUUCGAGUUUCCUUGGCUUGUGUCCUCUUCAAGUGAUGGUAGACUUGCCCUGAUUGAUGUGAGGAAACUGUUAAAGUCAAGCCAAUGUUCCUUAUCAAGGCAAGGCUUCAGGGUUAAGCAGUCUUCUCCAGAUGUGGUGGAACCUCCACAGAGAAUGCUGCAUGGAUUUGGGUGCAAUCUAUUCUCUGUGGAUAUUGGUGCUGAUAGGAUCAUAUGUGGUGGUGAGGAAGGUGUGGUUAGGGUCUGGAACUUCUCACAGGCACUGGAGAUUGAGAAAAGGGUUCAAGCUCUGCGAAGCAUCAGGCAGGAGAACCGGAUGAGGCGGCGCAAGGCUCAGAUUGAAAUGACUGGCAACCCUGGGCGAACUGACCAGUGUUCGGUUGCAGCUAAGAGGAAUCAAUUGAAUGGGGACCGGAAUGGUGUUUGGCAUAGUAAGCGUGGUGUGAGCGGGAAGCUCAAGGCCUAGAGAUAGGGAUUUCAAUCACACACUUGAAUUUCUAAACACUCAUUUAUCUGAAAGUUGUAGAAUGAUACAAGUCUUUCAGUUUCAGCUUAGUACGUAGCUUUCUUUAACUUGAAUUUCUUCAUUCUAGUUUGCUGUUGUAUUCUGAUGCUGCCUUUACUUAAUACAGAUCAUUAAUAGCCCUUUCUUUUGGUCACAAGCUUUGCUUGUUGUAUUCUCCUGACCGUCUGAGAAAUCCUCUUAAUGAUCUACACGUAGUGCAAGUUGUUGGUGAACUGGGUUUUGUUUGU